AGACACCAUGAGGAAAUAUUUCCACAAAAUGAAUCAGAGAGCGAUGGGGUGAUAUUGUGCGGUGGAAUGAGUCGUGAACUCAGCGCGUCAGCCAAAGACAGAUGGAAGAGAUCGAGGCUUUGGCUUUUCAGAGAGAGAGAGAGUGAAGGAAUACGUCUUCCAUGAGCUGAUUUUUUUUUUUUUCUUUUUUUUGCUGGACAUCUCAUAUGAUGGAACGAGCGAUGGAGCAUUUGAAUGUACAGCUGAAUCGACUGACGCGUUCCCUGCGUCGCGCGAGGACUGUGGAACUCCCAGAAGACAGUGAAACAGCGGUGUACACCCUCAUGCCCAUGGUCAUGGCUGACCAACACAGGUCAGUUUCUGAAUUGCUUUUAAACUCAAAGUUUGAUGUCAACUAUGCCUUUGGACGUGUUAAAAGAAGCCUUCUACACAUUGCUGCCAACUGUGGAUCGGUCGAGUGUCUUGUCCUGCUGUUAAAGCGUGGAGCGAAUCCAAACUAUCAGGAUAUCUCCGGCUGCACACCUCUGCAUCUAGCUGCAAGAAACGGACAGAAGAAGUGUAUGGGCAGACUGUUAGAGUACAACGCUGAUGUUAAUAUCUGCAAUAAUGAAGGUCUCACUGCUAUUCAUUGGCUGGCAGUGAAUGGAAGGACAGAGCUUCUUCAUGACCUGGUGCAGCAUGUGUCUAAUGUGGACGUGGAGGACGCCAUGGGCCAGACAGCCUUACAUGUGGCCUGCCAGAACGGACACAAGACUACAGUGCAGUGUCUCCUGGACAGUGGAGCGGACAUCAACAGACCCAAUGUCUCUGGAGCCACUCCACUCUAUUUCGCCUGCAGUCAUGGUCAGAGGGACACCGCACAGAUACUGCUCCUCAGGGGUGCCAAGUAUUUGCCAGACAAGAAUGGGGUUACACCGCUUGACCUGUGUGUGCAGGGCGGUUAUGGUGAAACAUGUGAAAUUCUGAUCCAGCACCAUAGCAGACUGUUUCAGACACUGAUACAGAUGACCCAGAAUGAUGAUUUUAAAGAAAACAUGCUAAGGCAGGUUCUAGAAUAUGUUUCACAGCAGAGUGACUCCAGCUACCAAAGGAUGUUGACCAGCUUGGCUGAGUUGGCCACCACAAACGGACAUAAACUGCUUAGUUUGUCCAGUAACUUUGAGGUCCAAACAAAGAGUCUGCUCCGAAUUGUCCGGAUCUUCUGUCAUGUGUUCUGUCUUGGGCCGUCCUCCCCAAAUAACGGGAAUGACAUGGGUUACAACGGAAACAAGACACCACGUAACCAGGUUUUUAAGCCUAUGGAGCUGUUGUGGCACUCUCUUGAUGAAUGGCUGGUCCUCAUCUCCACCGAGCUGGAUAAAGAGAGCACAGACGCAACAACCUCCUCCUCAGGAAACGACAUUGCAUCACUCUUCUUGAAAAAGCAGGAGGUCGACCCUUCUGUUUCCAGCGAAAAUCCCCCUCUGUUGCUGGACGCCAAGUCCGUGAUGAAGACGCCGGAGGGCUACGCCGAUGGUCAGGAUGUCAUCUCUAUGAUAGCCAAUCGCCUGAGCGCUGUGAUCCAGGCCUUCUACAUGUGCUGUUCCUGUCAGAUGCCACACGGGUAACGACUGACCUCAAACUUAAACGUUUUGGUAACACUUCAGGAUAGGGACCAGUUCUUACUAUUAACUAGUUGCUUAUUAAUGUGUAAGGGAAACAGGUCAAUUUAGCUGUUUUAUGUCUGAUCACUGAGUCAGCCAGUGAUUCAUUGAAAGAACUGUAGGGCUGUAAAAAUGGCUGAAAAACGACAUUCAAAUGUUUUAUAAUUAUUUAAAAAAAUUAUAUUAUAUUUGAAUUUACCAUUUUUUGAUUAAAUUGAAAAUGCAUAAUUUCAGUUAGAGUGAAGAAAAGCUUUUGACUUCAUUCCUCAGGCCACAACAGGGCGCAUCGAGCA